UGAACGAAUCAAGACAUCCAAGAACUUUCUAGAAUUAUUCGCACUAUCUUUUGAACAUCUUGUGAUGUCGCUUUAUGGAAAAUACGUGGAGCCAACUUACGACGGAAUGAGCAACGAAUCAAUGAUGGAGCUGAACUUGGACGAUUUGAGACGUCGGCUGAUUCACAAAAUAGAGCUAGAGGUCAAAGAGACUUUCGAGUCCUACUCCACUCGGGAUGAUUUCCUCCUUCGUGCGAGAGGGGAAGAAGGAGGAGGAGGGGACAGCAAUUAUGGGGGGUCAAUGACCGAUUUGAACUCUGCAUCUGUGGGGGAGGGGGUUAUUCCGGAACAGCACCAGGCGGAUGAAGUCGAGAAGUACAAAGAAAAGCCAAAGAGAUUUGCGAGCAAGCAGUUCAAGCCUCGAGAGUCGAUUUUGAGUGUGUUGUUGAGACAGAGCAAGAACAUCAGGACCAUCUACAACAUCUUCGCCGCCAUCCUCAUCCACCUCUUCAUAUCCACAUGUGUCAACGACUGGAUCAACAGCAGAUCAAUUGUCCAGAACAUGGAGAUAAUCUGGUGGAACUUUGGCAACUUCCCCACUGUUGUUUCCAUCUGGCUGAUGAUGAUGGUGUCCACCCUUCUGGUAGUCUAUCCACUCUACAACUUCUGGGCCACCACCAGAAGGGCGCUUUUGAAAGAUGAGCGGGUGUUCGACUGUGUUUUUCUGGCGCUGUACUGUGGCUACCAAAUUGGGUUCUUCAUUCUGCCUGCCUAUAUGUGCAGAGUCACAUAUCAACUUCCUCCUGCCUCAACCCUCAUUGUGAUAUUGGAACAACUUCGACUCCUCAUGAAGGUGCACUCGUUCGUGCGCGAAAACAUCCCCCGAUCAAUGAGAUAUGACCCUAAGAAGAACGUUACCACUCCUACAGGGAUAUUUCAAAUCGACGAUAGUGAGGAGAGUCAGCAACUGGAGAACAUCGCAUGUCCCAAUUUCUCCUGCUACCUCUACUUCUUAUUCGCACCCACUUUGCUGUACAGUGAGGAGCAAUUUAAAACAAAGAUAGUCGACGAUAGUGAGGAGAGUCAGCAACUGGAGAACAUCGCAUGUCCCAAUUUCUCCUGCUACCUCUACUUCUUAUUCGCACCCACUUUGCUGUACAGAGACUCCUAUCCGAUGACGGAAUCGAUUGACUGGAACUUCGUCAGAUCCAACUUCGUCCAGACUUUAGUGUGCAUAUUAUACACUGCCUUCAUCUUCACACGAUUCAUAUUCCCCAUUUUCUCAGAGUUCGGCAACCACCAGUUCGACUGGGAGCACUCGCUGCAGUCUGUGUUCAGUAUGGUCCUCCCAGGCACUCUCCUCCUAGUCCUCUUUCACUUCAUGUUCCUCCACUCCUGGCUCAAUGCAUGUGCCGAGAUGCUCCGAUUCGCAGAUCGCAUCUUCUACCGUGACUGGUGGACCUCCACCUCCUAUGGACAGUACUACAGAACAUGGAACGUCGUCGUCCACGACUUCCUCAAGGCGUACAUCAUGUACGACUCGGAGCUUCUUCUCGUGAGACUCCUUGGCAACAAGCGAUCCAAACAAGUGCACUUCCUCUCUAUUAUGUUCACGUUCUUGGUGUCAGCACUGGUUCACGAGUAUGUCAUCAUCAUGGCCGUUGGCUUCUUCUUCCCCAUUCUCUUUCUCAUGUUCUCUGGGUGUGGCUUCUGGUUCAUGAUCCUCGUGCAGAAUAACAGAUUUGACAGGUUCCAGAAUACUAUCUUCUGGUUCCUGCUGACAAUUGGGAUGGGCGUACUUUUGAGCUGGUACUGUCAGGAGUGGUAUGCACAGCAGAACUGUCCCCACAACGGAGAGUCCAUUCUAGACUACCUCAUACCUCGAUCUGUCGCCUGCUACUGGGGUAGUUGACGCUGCUUCACGGCAGAAGACGAGCACAAGCUGAAUAUCGAAGAUUCUAUAACUGGAUUUUUUCUAUUUUUAAAAAACUGAAGAAAACUGGCAUCGGAUUUCGAAGGUCGACUUCUGUAAUCACCGGAUGAUAUAUUGAUUACACAGUAUCAGUUUAUGAUUUCAAAUAACAAUAUCGAUGAACAAUUAACCAAGUAGAUG